UGCCAGGCUGCUGGGCAGUGAUGCGUCCCGCAAUCGUGCGGGGAUACGUGGGGGGGUCCGUCUCGGUGAGCUGCGCCUACCGGGCUGGUCAGGAGAUGAAGCCGAAAUUCUGGUGCUAUCCGGGAGCAAUUUUCACCUGUUCUGACGACAUCAUCAUCACCUCGAGUGAGCAGCCCGUGGUGCAGCAGGACCGAUUCUCCAUCCGGGACAGUCGCACACGGCGGGUGUUCACGGUGACCAUGGAGCGCCUGACCGAGGGGGAUGCGGGCAUGUACAUCUGUGGGGUUCGAACGGGCACAUUCCAGGCUGAUGAAAGUCACGUUGUGAAGGUGAUCGUGGACGCAGCUCCUCCUUCCAUCUCCCCGCCAUCACCCUACACCCUACCCACUAGCUCCUUACCAGUCCCCACACAGACAACUCCCCCGGGGAAAGUUGUGGUACCAGGAUCAAAUCACUUGCACCAUGGAGACUCCAGCCCUCCUGGCUUGAACACGGUGGAGCACAUCCUCACACCAGGCAUCGCGGUAGUUCUUCUUUUGCUUGUAGUUGCUGCUGUUGUUUUGGUAAUACUGUCCAGGAAGAGGAAGAAGGCUCUCUCCAGAGCAGCUGUAGAGAUGGACAGGAUCCACAGCACAUCGCAUACAGAAAGGGAUGCCUUGAACUACGCAGAGAUUAAGCAUGUCUCGGGCACAGCCGAGAGCCAGUUGUACAGCAAUACCGAGGCUGUCCGCUGCUUGACAAACACCACGACCGAAUACAUGGAGGUCAAGCAGAGCAAUCAGUGUUUGGAAAAGGAAAAAGAGACUACAUAUGCCAGCACACAGAAUUCUCUGUUGGAGCAGCAGGAGAUCUAUGUCAAUGUGCCGUCAGCUCCAGCGCGGAGGGAGUGAGCCGGCACCCAGCCCUGCCAGCUGCUCCUGCUGCCAGCAGUGCCAGCGGGACACGGGCUGGCUCUCCGCUCAGGCAGGAGCUGGCCUGACAGCAGAGCUGCUGCUCUCCUGGGCUCAGACAUUUCCUUGGAGCAACCUCAAAGAGAAUAAGGUUGAACGGGAGGCACAGAAUGGGAUGAGGAUGAAAUCAUCCCUCUGCAUUUGGAGACCUCACACACAGAGAAAUGGUGCUGCGAAUAAAAACUGCCCCUUCGGGGUAGCCCAGGCCAGAGACCAGCCAGGCAGGGUGUGGGAGAGCCCAGCAAUGGGAGGUGAGGGUGGGCUGGGGGUUGUGGGUGGGCUGCCUGGCUCCCUUCACCCAGCACCCGCCCUGCUUGCCUCUUUGUCUGCAUUAUUCACGCAGGCUGAAGCUCCCAAACCCUCUGGUCACCUCAGACUGACUUUAUUUCAUGCCAACAUCAGGAAGAGCUGGCAGCUCCUGGGAAGCAGGACAGCAAGAAAUGUUAUAUCCAAAUAUUGGGGGGCUCAGGUGGAGGGUGCAGUGCAUUAGGGUCUUGGUGUGAAGGAGACAGCAGAAGUGCUCCCAUCCCUCUUCCGUGGCAGCUGGGAAGUGUCUCCCCUGACCCACUCCCUGGUCUCACAGCCCCAGGGAAGUUUGCUCCUGCUCUCUCUUCAUCACCACCCCGAAUGACCGCUGGGCUGUGAGCACAAGGAUGGGCUGUAACUGUGACCCUUGUCUUCUCUGCUUUGCUGAUAAUUUAUUUUCUGGCACCCAUUAAAUAUGUUCUUCUGUGUAAAGUAUCGCUCCUUUAUCAGUGACAGCAGCUGAGAAUCUGAUAGCAUCUAGCACAGUAUUUGUAUUUGUAGGGCAGUUUUCCACCUCACUGAAGGGUUUAUUGCAGUGUCACCCCAAAAGUGGGUCCAGCCCCUCGCUGCUACCCAGGCAGACUCCAGCAGCAUGGGAACCCAGAUCUUUAAGGGCAAGGACUCUGCUGCUCCCACACAAACCCUGAGCCCCACUGCCGGCUGCUGCAGGACGUCCCACGGGGCUAUGCUUUGGGCACGCUGUUGCCCGCUGCAUGCCGCUGCCCUCCAUGCAUGCCCACCCUGCUCCUGCCCAGGGCCAGGCAACUCAUCCAUCGUGACAAUCCACUGCCCUGAAAAACACAGGGGUGGGCAUCUAUUUGUGAGGCUGAGUCAAGUGCAUUUCAAGGCUUCAUUUGGAGACAAUUCAUUAACUCUGUUAACCGCCGCAAAACUUUGUUUCAGUAUUUUUGUGAUUAUUUUAUUUAAGAAACCAUGUAGAGCAUCCUUGCUCUGUCAAAACCAAAGGCAGCUGGAAGUAAACAUCAGUGGUACGACAGUUGCGGUUAUUCCUAUAGGUUUUUCCUAUAUAAGCAAAAUUCCUCCUGUGGUCGGUGAGAAGGUGGGAUCCCUCCUUCCCACCCUGCACAAGG